AUGCGGUCCAGCAUCGCUUGCGCUCGAUGCCGGCGCAGUAAAAUCAAGUGCGUCAAUGCCGGCAUCGAUACAACCUGCCGCGCGUGUGAAUCAUCCGGGCGCGAAUGUGUCUACCCAACCCCAGCAAUCGGAGUGAGCAGCGCCAAACGAGAUCUGGCUGCCCUGGCAGAAGGCGAGGAUCGAAAUGGAGACUGGGAUGGCCCGAAACGACAUCGCUCGCGCAAGGUGGUAGGCAUAUCCGGCUCCUCGGCUGGUUCCAAGCUCGGUGUGGAUGCGCUUGAUUCCUCGAUACUUACAACAAAAGUUUGGGAGGCCGUCUUCGAUCUCUUCCAAUCUCAUUUUGCGACUCUUCUACCCUUCCUACAUCCCGCGACCUUUCUCGGCCAGAUUCGACAGCUUUCGUCUCCUGCGACCUUCGAUGGACAAGAUCCCCGGAAUGCCGGUUAUAAAGUGGAUCCGUCUUCCUCACUGAUUCCACUGGGUGUUCUGGCCCUAACUGCUCGGUUUCACCCUCCGUUGGCUGCAGCCCACUCACCAGCAUCGCCUAGUCACUCUUCGAAUCCGCUUGCCGCAUCGGAAUACUAUGCCGCAGCCCUUCGCAGCCGGCUGGCCGGCUUGGAUGGCGCUUGCCUCGCUCAACCAGACCUUACGCGCGUACAGGCGCUAUUGAUGUUAGCCUUGCACGAGUGGGGGAUGUGCCGAGGCAAAAGUGCUUGGGUCUACGUGGGUAUGGCCAUCCGGCUUGCACAAGCCAUGGGUCUGCCCUUUGAACUUGAAAAUGAAUUCCCAGCGCGGGAUCCUUCGCGCUCGUCUCCCGGCUUGAAAACUGAGGCAGAUCAUUUCGGUCUGCCACGACGUGCAGAGCCCAGGGAGCCGACCUCUGAUGAUAUCAUUGCGCAAGAGACCAAGCGCCGGACAUUCUGGGCCUGUUUUAUCCUCGACCGAUGCCUCAGCAGUGGAAAGUACCGGCCUCGGAUGGUCCGAGUAAAGGAACUCGGAAUUCAGCUUCCGAGCGACAAUGCUUUUGCUUUCGGCGAGCGGGUUCGAACGGCCCGGCUUAAUGAACCGGCCGUUCGGCGUCCGCAGAGCUUCGGUUCCCAAAGCAUGCAAAUCCCCAGCAUCCGUCAAAGUAUAGGAGGCUUUGGCGAUGAGAAAAUCCCGGGACCCAAUGGCACGCCAGAUAACAAGCCCUGGUCACCUAUCUCUCGUCGCAAGGACUCGAGCGAAGAAGAGGUUGAUCGAUGGGAGGUUGGCGCAGAGGAGUCGGUGCUCAGCCGAGUUAUUCGGAUCAUUCGUGCUUGGGGAAGCAUCGCCAAAUGGUCUUGCGCCGGCGGUCGACGCACGGAGCAAUAUCCCCCAUGGCAUCCUGAAUCUCGCUUCGCCUCGCUCCGCCAGCAGUUGAACGAGUUCCAGGAUAGUCUUUCUCGCAACCUGCAAUAUUCACUGCGAAAUACCGACACACAUAUCAUGUACAAGACCACUCUGGCUUCAUAUACCGUGAUGCAUGUUGUCUACUUCCUAUCGGUGAUUGUCCUUCACCGUGCCUAUAUUCCAUUCCUGCCUAUCCGCUGCAAUGAGCCUUCUGGCCCCUUGGAUGAGCCGUUGUUCGCCGUCGACAAGGUCAAUGGCCCACCCGAUGGUUUCUGGCGGGAUAGUGCCCGUGAGCUCUUCAAGGCAGCGCGGCAGAUGAUCGACCUUGUGGCCACCUGCCAAGCCCGCGGUGCUCUUGUUGAGAACCCUUUGGUCGGAUUUGCUAUCUAUAAUGCCGCUUUUGUCGGCGUUUAUGGAACACAUUUCCCACACAUGGAUCCAGAUGGAUUGAUGGGAACGAAGCCACCCCCUGCGAGCCAUGAUAGCCACCAGCUUGGUGUUGCACAAGCACGCAAGGCCUUGGAUAUCAUCCGAGAGAUGCGGCCCCGUUUGAAGAUGGCGAUGGGCUGGUUCCGCACCCUGAACCGCCUUCACAGCUACUUCUCCAAAGUCAAGCGUGAUUUCCGCCGGGUCUCACGGAAUCGCCUGGAUAGCAUGUCGGAUGCCUCUGACCACGGCCUCAACGGGAUUCGCCUCCUUCGCGAAGGUGGUGCUGGUGGCGGCCUCGAGGAAUUCAAGUUGCUCGAAAAGCUUUUCCUCGACUUUGGAAGCAUCGAGGACCAGUUGACAGAUUCUGGAAUGGACGACGACAGUAUCGCAGUGCCCGCAGCAAGUGAGUCCAUCUACGAACGCACGAAUAUGAGUGACGCUGGAAGCAACGCCGUCAGGAGCGAAACCGGUGAUCCCGGUGACCAGAUGCUCGACGGUGCCGGUGGCCGUCGCGAGUCGUGGGUCCCGGUCAACAGCCCCGGUCUGUCGUUACCUGGACAUGAAGGCGAUCGCCGUCCCAGCCUACCACUUCCCAACAGCCGCCAAAUGCCAUCUGGAUCCCCGUACUCCCUCCCAUCCCUUCAGCAACAUCACCCAGACGGCCCAAUCUAUACCACCUCAUCCCCCGGCUUCCCCUCUCUAUCUGCAACUACGCAGUCCCCCUCCCAAUACUUGACGGCAACAACCAACCGUCUAAAUCCCAUCAACUCCUGGCUCCCAUCCCGCCCACAGGCUCCUCCCCCGCCGUACUCCCAAUCCCUCCCUCCCAUCAACGCAGCCACCUCACACACCAUCCCUGUCCUCCCCCCACCGGGAUCCGUAACUCAGUUGGCCCCCUCCCCGCCUCUGACCUCAACCGAAUACCCAGACUCGAGCUUACUAUCAACGAGUCUUGGCGGAGACGACGUCCUCGCCUUCUUGGAUGGGUGUGAUUGGGGCCAGCUGUCCAUGCUUGCGCCUUCAGAGAUCGGUAUUCCCGCCGGUUGGCUGAGCACGGUCUGGUCCCAAUUCAGCCGCUAG